AUGGAGAGAAAACACAUGUCGGCGUAUUCUCUUUAUCGAAAUCUGUCCUCAGAGCCGUCUCCUGCCGCGAAGAAGCCCUCUCCGCAGGUGACUGGGAAGAAGAAGAAGAAGUCCAAUGGCGUCGUGCACCACAGUAACAGUGAGGACAGCGGCGCCAAGAAGAGGAAGAUCCACAACAAACCGACAAAGACUCCGACGAAGGUUGCGCUGAAACCAGACCACAGCCCGAAGGACCAGGAGGAGCAGGAGGACCAGGAGGAGCAGGCUGCAGACCGCAAUGAGAGUCUGGAGUCGCUGCUGAAGGAGUUAUCAGGAGUCAACAACAGCAGAGACCGAGCCAGCCGCCUGUUCCAGUGGCUCAUCAGCCCCAUCCCGGCCAAGGCCUUCUUCAGAGAGACGUGGGAGAAGAAGCCCAUCAUCGUCCAGCGCCAGAACCCGUCCUACUACAAAGGUCUGUUCUCCACCGCGGAGUUCGACCGGAUCCUGAGACAAGAGGAGGUCCACUAUGGCGUGAACCUGGACGUCACCAGCUACACUCGGGGCAAACGGCAGACGCACAACCCGCCGGGCCGAGCUCUGCCCUACUCUGUCUGGGACUUCUACGACAGUGGCUGCUCCCUGCGCCUCCUGAACCCUCAGGCCUUCUCCUCCUCCGUGUGGAACGUCCUGUCCAUCCUGCAGGAGCACUUUGGGAGCAUGGCCGGAGCCAACGUGUACCUGACUCCUCCGGGGACACAGGGAUUCGCUCCUCACUACGACGACAUUGAGGCGUUUAUCGUUCAACUGGAAGGAAAGAAGCACUGGAGAGUCUACAGACCCAGAUCAGAAGACGAGGUGCUUCCUGUUGUGUCGAGCCCUAACUUCUCGCAGGCGGACAUCGGGGAGCCCAUCCUGGAGGUGGUGCUAGAAGCCGGGGACCUCCUGUACUUCCCCCGAGGCUUCAUCCACCAGGGGGACUGUUUGCCCGAGCACCACUCCAUGCACAUCACGAUCUCCUCCUACCAGAAGAACAGCUGGGGGGACCUGCUGCUAAAGAUGGUGCCUGCUGCUCUGGAGAUCGCCAUGGAGGAGGACGUGGAGUACAGACAGGGCCUGCCCCUGGACUAUCUCUCCUACAUGGGGGUGCAGAACUCAGACAAGGAGGACGACCCGCGGCGAGGGAAGUUCAUGUCUCGCGUUGAAGGCCUGAUGAAGAAGCUGGCGCAGUACGCUCCGGUCGACGCCGCGGUGGAUCUGAAAGCACGGAGCUUCAUGCACGACUGCCUCCCCCCCGUGCUCUCCCCAGAGGAGGUGGCGUGCACGGUCCUGGGGGCCCCGGCGAGGUGGCACCGCGGUCGCACUCUGGAGGUGGGAUCCCCCAUCACUGCACAAACCAAGAUCAGACUGGUCCGAGCCGCAUGCGCCAGAUUGUGCAGCGAUGGAGACGUGGUCAGUCUUUACUACACGACAAACAACUCCAGAGUUUAUCACAAAGAUGAGCUCAAAAGUCUGGAAGUGCAGGUGGAGAACACAGAUGCCAUCGAGUACAUCAUUCAUUCUUAUCCCAAAUUUGUGUCUGUUGAAAGUGUCCCGAUGGAUUCUACAGAGGACAAGAUUGCGUUGGUGGAGUCGCUGUUUGAACGAGGGAUCAUCCAGACUGAGCCUCUGUGA